CGGUGCUCCCGUUCUCUUCGUCCGGAAGAAGAACGAGGACCUUCGUUUGUGUAUCGACUAUCGUAAACUCAACGCACAAACGAUCAAGAAUGUCGGCCCUAAAUGAUCUUCUCGAGCGACUCGGCGGCGUCAAGUACUUCUCGAAGCUUGACCUCAAGUCCGGUUAUCACAACAUCGAGAUUCAGCCAAGAGAUCGGUACAAAACCGCUUUCAAGACGCGGUAUGGGCACUUUGAGUGGAUCGUCAUGCCUUUCGGUCUCACCAAUGCCCCGACUACUUUCCAGGCGGCUAUGACGACGGAAUUCCGCAACUUACUCGACCGCUCCGUACUCAUUUACCUCGAUGACAUCUUGGUUUAUAGUCGGUCGCUGGACGAGCAUCUCGAGCACCUUCGCGCCGUAUUGGAGCGGCUUCGUAUCGCCAAGUACAAGGCAAACCGCGACAAGUGCGAGUUUGCCCAGCAAGAGCUGGAGUACCUGGGCCAUUACGUCACGCCGCAAGGCAUUCGUCCGCUCGUGGACAAGUUACAAGCUAUUCAAGAUUGGCCGGACCUCGAGUGUACUACCGACGUCCGCUCCUUUCUCGGCUUGGCAUCGUACUACAUGCGCUUCGUCAAAGGAUUUCAACGCAUCGCUGCACCAUUGUCGCGACUUCAGUCCCCUUUGGUGCCUUUCGAGUUCAGCAACGAGGCCCGACAUGCGUUUCACACACUGAAGACGGCUUUGCUUCAAGCUCCCGUCUUAAGCAUCUAUGACCCGACGUUGCCUACCAAAGUGACUACGGACGCUUUGGGUUACGACAUUGGCGCGGUUUUGGAACAACAUGACGGCACAGACUAGCAUCCGGUUGAGUACUUCAGCCAAAAUGUGCCGCCCAUCAACACUC